AUGAAGAAACGACCCUGUUUAUGGGAUCAUAACCAUCCAAAAUGUAGGGACUUACAAUAUGCGGCAAAUGAGAGGAACGAAGUCAUUGAAUCUUUCUAUCAUCGAACGGGAUAUGCUUUGAAUGCAGAUGAUAUAGCGAGGCAAUGGAAGUCCUUGAGAGAUCAGUAUGUGCGAUUUAUCAACAAAAUCAGAAAUAUGGAGUCUAAUGAUUGCCGAUUUCCGUCAUUCAAAUUUUCUGAAGAACUGAAAUUUUUGAUGCCUUGUAAGCAAUCUCGAUGCUGUAUUAUGAUGAACGAAGAGAAUGGUCUACAAAAUUUGAGUGAAAAUAUUUCAUCAAAGAAAUCGUGCUCUGAAUUUGCAAUCCCCGGCACUUCUACUACUUUACUACCAAUCCGCCGUAGAAGAAAACAUAACAGAUCAUCGGAUUACAAAACUCAAAAAGAUAUUGAUUCAAAAAUACAUGAUAAAGAAGAUAGUUGUUUCCCCAGGAUGGAUGAAUUUGAUCAUUUUGGCUUGUCAAUUGCUGAUUAUAUUCGAGGAAUUGCAAAGCUUGAUGAAAAAGCAGCGGUAUGGAUAAGAGGUGAAAUCUGGACGCUGUUGACGAAGUGUCGGAUGAAAGCACUGGAGGGAUAUAGUGGAAAUGACAAUGCAAAAAAAAAAAUGUUCGUUCUCAACAUUUAA